UUCGUUGAGUCAUAAGGAAAGGAAAUUUUGAAGCAGAGAGGUAUUUUAGAAAACUUGAGUAUGCCUAAAAAUUUCUUCUUUCAAAAAGCAUGUAUUACUUUUGUGUGCCUCUUUGAAUUUUCAUCUCUAGCAAGUAGACCGCCACUACAAACAGAAUUUCCAGAGAAAUGUUAUGAAGAAUAUGGCUGCUUUGAGACAGGUCCACCUUUCCAUGACAACUUUCAUCGUCCUAUAAGUCUUCUGCCUUUUAAUAAGGAGUUCCUCACUACCAAGUUCCUUUUGUUUACACCACUGAACCCUGCUGUGCCCCAAAUGAUCGAUUCAACCCUGAUGUCUGUGACUAAUUCGUUUUUUAAUCCUUAUAUACAAACGAAGAUUAUUAUUCAUGGAUUCAAUGUUUCUCCUACAGAAAACAAUGCAUCUUAUGUUUUAAAAGACUUGCUUCUCAAAAGUGGAAAUCAAAACGUUAUCAUUGUCGAUUGGUCAGACAGUAACGGAGCUCCAUAUCCACAAGCAGUUGCUAAUGCGAGAGUAGUUGCAGCUCAGCUUGCACAACUGAUAAAUGCUUUACAAGAUAUCACUGGAAAUCCUCCAAGAAAUGUUCAUCUCAUUGGACACAGUCUUGGAGCUCAUUUGGCUGGAUGGACAGGGAAAAGAAUUCAAGGCUUGGGAAGAAUAACAGGUCUGGAUCCCGCUGGACCAUACUUUUAUGAAGCCCACCCCAAAGCAAGACUUGAUGCUACGGAUGCGGAAUUUGUUGAUGUAAUACACACCAAUGGAGGAAAUAAUCUAUUAGAAGGGCUUGGUAUUGCUGAAGCUAUAGGUCAUGUAGAUUUCUAUUUAAAUGGUGGCAUGCAACAACCAGGUUGUUACAACAAAUCUCUUGCAUAUCAGGCUGAAGAAGACUUUGAAGUCCAUUCCUGCAGCCAUUCGCGGGCCUUUGUGCUUUUUACAGCUUCAGUGCGCAAUAAAUACUGCCGUUUCGAAGGAUGGCCAUGUGAAUCUUUCCAGAAUUUCUUAGAUGGAAACUGUUAUCCUGGUUAUUCGAAGAGAUCUUUGGAAAUGGGAUUACGUUCUCUGAAGCCUCCAUAUGUAUCAAGGGGUCAAAAGUAUUAUUUAAUGACUGGCAUGUUCUAUCCUUAUUGCUGGCAAUGAAGAUUAAAUUAAAACCGAAGAUUCCAUAUCUGGUUGUCAAUGUGUUUAAACUUAUCCAAAAUGAUAUCCACAUGAAUGUCACAGAAACAUUGCUGGAUUAAUUUGUGAAUAGGUGAGAAAUAUUAUUUUUUCACUUUAUUUUGUACAAAAAAUAUUUUAUGUUUGCUUAACAUCAAUAAAGUAUUUGCUUAAAAGUAA